AACACUGUAUAUCUAAACUCAAAAUCAGUAUCACGCAGUGAAAAAAUGAGAGUUCACUGCAUAGGAUGAAGCUCUCGAAAUUGAUUCGACUUUAUCACGCUUACAGGGUGGCACCUCUGUCGGCAUACAAUGCUUCCUCCACCACUUAUUUUUCCAGUAUCAAAUAUAUAUAUAUAUAUAUUCCAGUAUUAUAUUCUCUCUCUUUUUCUAUAUUGCCGUCUCUCACAUCGUAUCAAAUUAUUUGAAUAUCUCUUUCUAGCUUGCUCCCCGUGCCAGGGACUGCGUGUAUUGCAUGGAGGGUUCGUUCCAGCCCCAGUGUGUCUCCCAUUAGGGUUGUUUCACAGGGCUUCAGUCUUUCUGCCAGCCCAGAGCUGAAUACAACUAUCUCAACAGUACUUUACAUUACUCAAUUUACCAUAUAUACAUUAUAAAAUAUAUACACAUUAUCAAGAUGGAUGCUCCAUCGCUUUAUCGUUUUUAAUUAAUUACUAAAUACAAUUUUUUUUUGUACUCUACUUUAAUAUAAUUUGAAAGAAAAAAAAAGGUAAAUUAAACAAAUCAAUUGCAAGAUAUAUUUCUAAUGAAAACAAACAUAUGGAAAUGACUAAAUAAAUAACUAAGUAUUUAUCAUUAAAUUUUAAAUAAUAUUAUUUAAAAUAAAUAAUAUAUUGAUAGUGAGAGUGAAUAGUUAUGAUAGCCACAUUUACUAGUGAAAAUAAACAUAAUUUCAUACAAUGGUGGAUAACAAUUGUAUUAUCGAAGGAAAUGUCAAAUUUCGAGAUGGAAAAAAGUGGAAAUCACGAUGGUGUGUGAUGAGAAAAUUAUCACCAGUAGCAGAUUGUUUGCACCUACAACUUUAUGGCGAUAGUAAGGAUAGAUAUAAACAGGGACAAACAAAGGCCUCAUUGAGUCUUCAACAUUUUUUAGGAAUUGAAAGUGGUUUUACACUUGAUAAAGAAUCAAAUACAGUUGCGAUAAUAUGUCAAGAUAUUGUUGUAACACUUGCAUUUGAUACACGUGAAAGAUUAAUACAAUGGCAAGUUAAAAUAUCAACAAAUUUAGGUGAUGAUCAACAAUUUUUAGUUAUAAUAUCAUCAGCACCAACAAAAGCAAAAUUAUCAAAUGGUCCAGCACAUUUACAUAUUCAAGAUCGUCGUUUUUGUUUAACAACUGGUAUACCAGCACGUUUAAUUGGUGUAUGGGAAAUUGGAUAUUUACGACGUUAUGGUGUUAUUGAAGGAAGAUUUUGUUUUGAAGGUGGUUCACACUGUGGACGUGGUGAAGGUUUACAUGUACUUAUAACUGAUCAAGCAGAUGAUAUUGUUAAAACAUUGCAGCUGGCUGCUGAUGGAAAAUUAACAAUACGUAAACGUCCAUCAAUACGUGAUAAUUCUGGUCAAGAAAGUCCAAGACGUCAAUUAUCAAGAAAUGAUACACGUACUAGUGAUAUUUAUCCAACAUCUAGUCUUAAUUAUUCUACAUCAUAUAAAGAUAAUAAUUUUGAUAAUAAUAAAAUUGAAAUAUCACCAUGUUGGUCAUCAACUGAGAGUCAAAGAAAUGCACAAUUAGAACAUGAUUUAAAUUGUCGUGAAAAUUGUUUAACAAGUGAAUUAAUUGAUCAACAUCAAGAUUGGCAAAGUAGUAGUACAUUAUCACAAAAAACAAAUACACAAUUAGAAAGAUGUGCAAGUUGUAUUAGUAAACUUGGUGCUGUAUCAAAAACAACAACAACAACAACAACAGCAACAAUUAUGUCAACAUCAAUGAUAUCACAUUGUCCAAGUUCAAAUAAUCAAUUACCAAAAACAACAACAUUUGAUAGACAUUCAUUGUCAUCUUAUAGUAGUAGUAGUCAUGAUAGUGAUUAUUCAGCAAAUCAAACAUUUAAUCAAACUCAAAAUUCAUCAAAUUCAAUACAACGAUUAUCACCAAGUCCAGGUGCAUUACCACCAAGACCACAAAAACCGUCCACAACAAUAAUAAAACAAAAAACAAAACCACCAAUGCCAUUACCACCAGAACAAAUAUGUACAUGUAAAAAUUCAAUAAAUUCAUCAAUAAUUAAUAAAAUUAAUCCAUAUGAUAAUUAUGAUAUACCAAAAACAAUAUUAGCUCAUCAUAUGUCACUUGAACCACCCCAACAAGGACAAGAUCAAUAUUAUGAUACACCACGUAAAAUAAAAGAGUGUCUCGCAUUACCGAAAUAUUAUCCAAAUUAUGAUACACCACAUUUACCACAAGCUGUUGUUAUGAAACAAUGUGGUUGUCCAAAAAAAUUACAAUCAAUACAAUCAUCAAGACAAUCAUCAUCUGGUUGUCCUUGUCAUAAUGUCAUGAGUUGGGCUGGUUUUGUAUUACCAUAUUGUCGACGUGGUGCUGGUAUUGAAUCAACUGGUGUUACAAUACAUCCAAUUAAAUUAUCAGGUGAAGGUAAAAUGCCUGUUGUUAAUGCUAAUGGUGAAUUAAGUCUUUAUAAUCAACAAAAAAAUAAUAAUGAUGAUGAUGAAAAUGAUUGUAAUUCAAUAAUAACAACAUCACAACAACAAAAUAAUUAUGAAAAUAUAUCACCAAUUAUUGAUACACAACCAGAUAUUAAAAUAUCAAAUUAUGUUAAUAUUGAUUUUAGUGAAUCAUUGGAAAAUUAUGAAAAUAGUAAAGCAAUUAUUAAAAAAAGUGGUAUUACAAAACAAGAAAUUCAUGAAAUUGCAAAUGAUUUAAAAACUACUGACGAUGAUGAUGAUGAUAAUGUUGAAAAAAUAUGUAAUAAAUGUGGACAUUUUAAAGAAAAUAAACAAGAUCAAUUACUGUUAAAUAAUGAUAAAGAUUUGAUUAAAAAAAAACAUAUAUCUGGAUAUUUAACAAUGCAACCAUUGCAUAAUAAUUCAACAACAGCAACAACUACAACGACAACGAAAAAUCUAAUAUCACGUAUUUGUGAUGGAACAAAAAGUUCAAGUAAUCCAACAUUAUUUGGCACGUCGACAAUCGAUUUGUCAUGUAGUAAAAAACGUUCUGAUUCAGAAUUAAGAAUUCCUGGAUCAGCAAUGUUGUCAAGUCCUUAUUUGCGACGUCGUUUAAUUGAUCAAUCAUCACAAAAUGAAUCAAGUGUUAGUUUAGAAAUGUUAUGGCGUAAAAGAUCUUAUUCAGUUGAGUCAGCUCAUUAUCUUGAUAAUGGUAAUAAUAAUGAAUUUUCAUCAAAUUUUAAAAUUCAUAAAUGUACAAGUGAAACAAAUAAAUCAUUAAUAAUAAAUGAUAAAAAAUUAUCAUAUAAAAAUAUUGAUAUUAAUAAAAUAAAUGAUGAAAUAAUAAAUACACAACCAUUAUCAAUUAAAAUAAGAAGAUCAUCAUCAGUACCAUCAAAAACUGUACAUAAUCGUGAUUCAUCAAGUAGUAAUGAUUCUGGUGUAUCAACUGGUUCAUUAACACAUGGAAAUUCAGAAUUUGUUGAAUUUGAAAUGUCACUUGGUACAUUAAAUACAAAUAAUAAAAAACAAAAUAUUUUAAGUGUAUGUCGUAAAAGCCCACCACCAAUAUGUUAUCAUAAUAGUUUACCAAGAAAAUCAAAAUCAAGUGAUCCAUUAAAAGAAAUUGUAUUUCAAUUUCAAAAAAUUAAAAUACCAAUUAAAUCAAAUUCAGCUGAUGCUAAUAUGCCAACAUGUAAUAUACCAAAAAUGACAACAAAAGAUUACAAUAGUCCUAGUGAUAUAUCAGGAACACCUUAUAUUGAUUCAAGAAGUACUUCAAGUGGAACUUCUGAUAUGUCUGAUUAUAUUGAAACUCUAUCUUUAUCAUCUCAUUCUUCUACGGAUACUCCAGACAGUUUGAAAUUGAAUGGACGUUCAACUGAGGCAACAACCCUUCGUCCUCGUAGUGGUAAAGAGUACUACAAAAUUGACCGUAGUAUAUUAACUGAACAGGCAUCACGUGUAUCAUCAACAACAUCAGUAUCAAACUAUGCAAAUAUAACACCAGUAUUAGAAAAAAGUGAAUCACCAUCCCCAGGCUACAUGAGCAGUUCACCCUUUGAAUUACCCCAAACAUCAUCACGUGAUCGUUUUCUUUUUCCUGAGGUCAGUGAUAUUUAAUUUUAAAUAUAUAUUUACCAUUAACAAAUAUAAACAAACUUAAAAUACAAAUUGUAAUUAAUUUUCAAUGCUUUAAAAAUCCAUAUUUAUUAUUAAUGGAGAGAUUGUGAUUAUUAUGAGCGAUUGUGACUGAAUUUUUUAUACAUCCUUUUUUACUAUACACUCAAAUGAGCUUUAUAAUAUAAUUCAUUUUUUUUUUUUUUUAUCGAUUGUAUGAGAGCUUUUUUUUAAAUUAUAUAUUAUCUUCCUAAUUUUUUUUUUAUAAAUUCUUUUAAAUACCAUCUUUCAAUAGACAGUAUUUAAAAAAAUUUCUUAAAAACAUUUUGAUAUAAAAAAAAUUCAGUAAAACAUCAAACGACUUCCUACAUGAAAAAUUUUUAAAUCAAAAUAUACGCUCAAUGAGAAAUUAAAAUUAGUUUUAUAUAUGAUAUAUAAAUUCUGGAUAAUUUGAAAGAAAAAAUUUUUUUUACAAGUGUGUGUACUUAUAGAUUACUUUGGGCAAUUAUUUAAUAUUAAAAAAGUAAAAAAAUCCACUUGAUUAAUUUAUUUGAUAAAUUUAAAAUAAAAAAAUAAAUUGAGGAUUUAAUUUAUAAAAUUCACAGGGUUUGCUUAGAGCAAAAUAAAGUUUAAAAAAAAAUCAUUAUUUUCUAAAGAUACAAAAAUAAAUUGUAUACUCAAAUAGAAAUAAUAAUAAUUAUAAUAGUAAUUGAAAUGAAAAAAUAAAAUUGAUUCGACUGAACGAAAGUAGCGUAAAGUAUACAGGUAAAUAAAUGAAAAAAUAAAUCAUGAAACGUAUGGAUAAUCCAAAUAAAUCUAGCUAAUAAAAUUCAAUUUCAAAUAAACUCUCAACAAUCAAAUAAA